GAAUCCGAGGGAGAGAGAUGGAGAGUGAGAAGAAGUUAUCCAACAAGAUCGACGGAAGCGAGCUACAGCCAGGAGAUCACAUCUAUUCAUGGAGGAAGUUGAAGACGUACGCUCAUCACGGAAUAUUUGUGGGGGAAGACAAGGUCAUCCACUUCACUAGUUCCAAAGCUGACAGCGGUUACUCCUCAACGGCAACAGUGUCGAAGAAUGUUUCUAAGAAAAAACCAUGCACGAAAUGUGGGUAUGAUGGGAAGGCAGGGGUCAUCGAAACCUGCCUCGAUUGCUUCCUGAAAGGAGGCGAACUCUACCGCUAUGGAUACAACAUCUCCAGACGUCGCUUAAUGUUCACUCGUUUUGGGACAUGCACCUCCGUCUCUUGUGGUCCAGUAGAGGAUACACUUCGACGCGCCUAUGACUACCUCAAGAAUGGCUACAUUACUGAUUAUAGCUUCCUUGAGAAGAAUUGCGAGGACUUUGCUGUAAACUGUAAGACUGGCCUGACUGUCCCGACCGGUGCAGACACUAAUACUCUUAGUGGGCAGCCAUGUUUUCUACGUCUGAUGGAGAAGCCUUACUUGCUUGCUGCCUAUCCUAUUGUACGAAUCCAUGAAGAUUCUAAACUUCGAAAAAUUUGCCCAAAACAUUAGAGAGAAUUAUUUAUGCAUAUGAUUCAUCAUCUUGCUUGAAUCAUACAAGAAAUUGAUGGAGUCGGAGGUGGGACUUGUUCUUCCUCUUUGAGUUUCUUCCUUUAUUUUAUGUUUGAAUGUGAGGUGAUGCUAGCAAUAUGAAAAAAACUCUUAUACUCAUUAGCAGUUGUUUAAUUUUUUUUCCUUUCUUU